AUGAACGUAAACGAUAAUUAUCAAGCAAGCACCAUAAAGUCUAAUUCUUCUUAAAAUAAGAUAUAGCUUUUGCUCUUAGGAUGCUUGCUACUAGUUAUAGUACUUAUAGAACCACUCUACAGAGAUCCCCUAUACAAUCUAACUGAAGAGUAUGUAGUAAGCACCUAGACUACUGAUAAAUUCAAUACAACUACAUACUAGCUAAUUUCAAAACUCGAUAAGAUUGGAAGUGGUGAUGCUUAUUUCUACUAUUUGAUAUUAGGAUUCUUACUUCUAAGAAGAGCAAGAUCAUUCUAUUAUAUCCUGGCAUGUGUUUUCGCUACAUCUUUGUAAGAUCUUUGUAAGUCAUUGUACAAGCAUCCAAGACCAUUCAUGACUAAUGAUUAGAUUAUUAACAUUAGCUGUUCAUAUACUUUUGGAAAUAUCUCUGGACAUACUUCAUAAUUCACUGCAUUAUCAUUUAUACUGUUAAUGGAUUAUUGGUAGCAUAGAAGAGAUCAGUAUUUGCUUGGAAAAACCACUCAAGCCCCAUCAAAGUGCCUAUUCAUUUCUAUAAUUAUGCUGGUAGUUGUCCCAAUGCAAUGUUUAAUGGGUUAUCAAAGAAUAUAUGACGGUACUCACUCUAUAAAUUAAGUACUCUUAGGAUGGCAGUUAGGCGUAUGGCAAGCAUUGUUCUUUCACUUUCAUUUGAGAGAAUGGCUAAUCUCUCAUUUGUAAGCCAUUUUAGACGCAAAUUCAUUUCAUGAGAUCUCAAAUCCUAAGCAUAAAAUCUUUUGGUCCUCUUUAAUAUAUAUUGCUGCAAUGAUCUUUCAUACUUUAGUGUUCUUGAAUGUUGACUAAGAUAAAGAUGUAUUGACUGAGUGGGUUCAAAAUAUUACCAGUAAAUGUGAGGAUGAUAUUCAUGAAUAAGAAUCUUUUUAAUAUCCUUCAUUUGAGAGGUCUGGCUAUGUAAUUUUACUCUACAGCUCUUAUGUUUCUAAGAUCUUACUUGAAAAAUAUAUGAGGAAAAGAUUUGAAUAUGAUUUCAAACAGAUUGAAAACUUAGAAAAUGGCAUUAAAAAUAUUCUGGUUAAAUCUCUAAUAGGUUUUGUUCUUUUGAUGCCUUAUUUGAUUUACGACAGCACUUUAAAAGAUUUGAGGGACAAUUUUAACUUGAAUUAUGUCAUAAAAGUCUUGAUGCCUUCAUUUAUAGGAGGAAUGAUAUUUUUUGGAGGAGUAUUUGAUGCUUUGUUGCACAAUCUUCUCAAAAUAUUUGAAAAGAAAAAUAAGAUGUAAAAAUUAUCACUCUUUUCUAAAACUUCUUCUUAAGAAAGAUUAAUUCAAAAUGAUAAAUCAAAGGGCAGCAAUCUAAACUGA